UGCCACCCGCCAAAAAAAAAAAAAAAGGAAGAAGAAGAAGAAGAAGCAGCAGUUGAGCAGAACAGCAAACACACGUGUUUCCCCCACAGCUGCUGCUGCAGGAGCCUGACGCUUGGUCAACAGAAGAAGCGUCACUGAGUUCCUGGGAUUAGUAUCACCUGGCAGCUCACAGUCUGACGCCAGCCUCCCCGCACGCGGGUGGUCACCGUCUGUCAAGAUGAAGUACAUCCUUGUUACGGGCGGUGUCAUAUCUGGCAUUGGGAAGGGCAUCAUCGCCAGCAGCGUGGGAACGAUCCUCAAGUCCUGCGGCCUUCACGUGACAGCCAUCAAGAUCGACCCCUACAUCAACAUUGACGCCGGCACUUUUUCACCCUAUGAACAUGGUGAAGUAUUUGUUCUCGACGACGGCGGGGAGGUGGAUCUGGACUUGGGGAACUACGAGCGUUUCCUCGACAUCCGUCUUACCAAAGACAACAACCUCACCACCGGGAAGAUCUACCAGUCAGUAAUCAACAAGGAGAGGAGGGGAGACUACCUGGGCAAGACUGUACAAGUGGUACCCCACAUUACCGAUGCCAUCCAGGAGUGGGUAAUGAAGCAGGCCAGGAUUUCAGUCGAUGAUGAUGGUGUAGAGCCUCAAGUUUGUGUCAUAGAGCUGGGAGGCACAGUGGGCGACAUCGAGAGCAUGCCCUUCAUCGAGGCUUUCCGACAGUUCCAGUUCAAGGUGAAGAGGGAAAACUUCUGCAACAUCCAUGUCAGCCUGAUACCACAGCCCAGUACCACAGGAGAGCAAAAAACAAAACCAACCCAAAAUAGUGUGCGAGAGCUCAGAGGGCUGGGCCUGUCUCCAGAUUUGAUUAUGUGCCGCUGUACAACGCCCCUAGAAACAGCUGUCAAGGAGAAGAUCUCCAUGUUCUGUCACGUGGAGCCCACACAGGUUGUGUGUGUGCAAGACGUCUCCUCAAUCUACAGAGUGCCUCUGCUGCUGGAGGAACAGGGCGUUGUGAGCUACUUGUGUCAGCGGCUGAACCUGCCUGUUGAGGUGAGGCCUAGAAGGAUGCUCACAAAGUGGAAGGAGAUGGCUGACAGAUCUGACCGUCUCCUGGAGCAUGUUUCCAUCGCCCUGGUGGGGAAGUACACAAAGUUGUCUGACUCCUAUACCUCGGUUAUUAAGGCCCUUGAGCACUCGGCCCUCGCCAUAAAUCACAAACUAGAGGUCAAGUACAUAGACUCUGCAGACCUGGAGACUGGCACUCAGCAAGCUGAGCCAGUGAAAUAUCACGAAGCCUGGCAAAAACUCUGCAGUUCUCAUGGCGUGUUGGUACCUGGAGGUUUCGGUGUGAGGGGGACAGAAGGCAAGAUGCUAGCUAUAAGCUGGGCGAGGAAACAGAAUAAGCCAUUCCUGGGGGUUUGUUUGGGCAUGCAGCUGGCAGUGUGCGAGUUCGCCCGCAAUGUUCUCGGAUGGGAAGAUGCAAACUCAACCGAAUUUAAUCCAGAAUCAAAACACCCAGUGGUGAUUGACAUGCCGGAGCACAACCCAGGGCAGAUGGGUGGGACUAUGAGGUUGGGAAGGAGGCGGACAAUCUUUAAAUCCAACACCAGUGUACUGAAAAAACUGUACGGAGGAUUUGAAUAUGUUGAAGAGAGGCACAGACACAGAUUUGAGGUGAAUCCUGAGCUGAAGCACCACUUUGAAACAAAGGGUCUUCAGUUUGUUGGUCAGGAUGUUGAGGGAGAGAGAAUGGAGGUCAUUGAAUUGGAAGGCCAUUGUUAUUUUGUUGGAGUACAGUACCACCCAGAGUUCAACUCCAGACCCAUCAAACCCUCUCCUCCGUACUUUGGUCUCCUGCUGGCUGCUGCCGGAAAACUCCAGAACUACAUGGCCAAGGGCUGUCGCCUUUCUCCGCGGGACACUUACAGCGACCGCAGCGGCAGCAGCUCUCCUGAAACCGACCUCUCAGAGCUGAGGUUCCCCUCUUUGUAGUUUGUAUAGUUUGCUUAUGUCAAUUAAGCAGAUCAAUAUGAAGCUCAGAAAGUAAUCCAGUCUGCCCCGUAAGUUCCGUUAACAAGCUGUUUAUAAUUUUUACUCUGAGUAUAUUAUGCCUUCAGCGAUUUGUGUACAGGCAAAGGAAGGUCUUAUUGAUAUCUCUGUUGGUGCUUUAUAGUUGCUGCCACGAGCAAAAACCAACAUAAAAUAUUUACAGGGAUUGCUGUAAGAAUGAAAUGGAUACUAUGGAAAACUUGUAAAAUGGGGGAAAUUGUGUGAGACAGAUGGGAAGACAUCAGUGUUAUCAGCAUGUUCGGGUGAAAACAUUAGGAAAUGGAGAACGUAUUUUCCGUUUAGAUAUUGAAAACUUUGCAACGUUGACAAAGGGCUAAAGAGAGUCUGGGUCCGUGCAGUCUGUUUUUUGUUGGAGCAGCCACCCUGAGAAUCCAUUCAACCUGAUGUGGGAAAAUAGUGAAAAACACUGACCUCACACAGUGUAUGUGACUUAUUUUCAAAAAUGUGUUUCGUGACAAGUAGAAAUAUUGAUUGCUAUUUUAUGUUUUUCUGUUGUACAGUCUUUAUUUAAAGGUGGCAUAUUAUGCAAAAAUUACAUUUUCAGUGUUUGUGCACGUAAAUGUGGCUAUCUGUGGAGCCUGACGGACCACAAAGUGUGAAAAAAUAAAAAAUAAAUCUGGGUGUUUUAGACAGAGGGUAAAAAGAGGAGCUGCAGUAAUGGGCAGUGUGAGAACACUGAUGCCUUUCUGAACACUAGAGCAUGUAAACCUUUUCAAGUGGUAACCCAAAUUAAAAGUAUGAAGCGGAAUAUGAGCAUAAUAUGUCACCUAAAAUCCAUGAAUUAAUUUUUUUCUUUCUUUCAUAUCAUAACACUCAGGUUUACUACACAGAGGUUUGUGCAUGUCAUUCUAGUUUGAACUAAUCUUGUAUUUGUAUUACAUGCAAAUCUGUUAGAGUAUCACAUGAACAAGGCCGCUGGGGUGUACAUGAAUUUUCCUGUGGUGAACUGGUUGUGCUGGGUUUUAAUUUCUAGAUUGAAAGUUGUUAACUUGUGUUCUUAGUUUUUAGGUUUUUUUUCUUACCUAAGUCACUAUCUGUGGUUGCAUUACUUUUGUUUUGGUUUGGAAUCUUUUAGCUGCUGACAUCAGCAAACAUGGUCUUGACCUCCAUUGCCUCUUAUUGUCAUGUGAGCCAAAGCUUUUAGAAAAACAAAAUAUACAGAUGCAAAUCAUCUGACAAUCCUGCCAACUUUUAAGUGACCCUUGAAUCAAGAGCAGUAACUGGAGAAACAAGCUUGGCAUUUGAAUGCUGAUGAAACCAAGACCUAAAUUUGAUCUCAAAGCAUCAGUAGCAGCAAAAAUGUAAAUGGUAAGCAUCAAGCUUCCAAGUUACAUGUUUGCUUAGAAUCCUGUUGAAUUUUACUGCCAAUGCAUAUAUUUAUAUGUUGGUGACCCAAAUGUAUGAAAAGCCUAACUAAAUUUAUAUUUAUGAAAUUCUGAAUCAUGUGUGACUUCAAUACAUGCAUUUAUUCUGAAUAAAUAAAUGGUUUUAUUUCUCAUGA